ACCUUUAGGAGGAUGCCUUUUGGACUCUGCAAUGCCCUGGCAACGUUUCAGCGUUGUAUGCAAGCUAUAUUUUCAGACAUGGUUGAGGAUUUUCUGGAGAUCUUUAUGGAUGACUUUUCUGUUUGUGGGGACGAUUUUGAACGAUGCAUCGGCAAUUUAGCAAAAGUUCUCAAAAGAUGCGAAGAGGCUGAGUUGGUCUUAAAUUGGGAAAAAUGUCACUUCAUGGUGACUGAAGGCAUUAUAUUAGGAUUCUAUAGAAGGUUUAUCAAAGACUUCUCCAAGAUUUCUAAGCCCUUGUGCACAUUGCUUCAACAAAACCAACCCUUUGUGUUUGACAAGUUAUGCCUCGGUGCAUUUACUGAGUUAAAACAACAACUGAUCUCGGCACCCAUUGUAGUUUCUCCCGAUUGGACAUCACCAUUUGAGCUUAUGUGUGAUGCAAGCGAUUAUGCCGUAGGAGGUGUUUUGGGGCAACGCCAAGGUAAAAUCUUUCAUGUUAUUUAUUAUUCUAACCGCACUUUAAAUGAAACACAAUUGAACUACACUACCACUGAGAAAGAAUUACUUGUCGUGGUAUUUUCUUUUGAUAAAUUUAGACCUUACCUAAUAGGCACUAAAGUUAUUGUUCACACUGAUCAUUCGGCUAUAAAAUAUUUAGUGAACAAAAAGGAUGCCAAGCCUAGACUUAUUAAGUGGAUCUUACUUUUGCAAGAAUUCGACUUAGAGGUGGUAGAUAGAAAAGGAACUAAGAAUCAAGUUGAUGAUCACUUAUCUAGGCUAGAGAACAAUUAUGAAUGCCAUGACACUGUAGAUAUUAAAGAGGAAUUUCCUGAUGAGAAACUUUUAUAUGCCACGGCAAUUUCGUGGUACGCUAACCUUGUUUAUUUUCUUGUUAGUGGAAUUCUGCCUUUUGAUUUAGAUAGCCAGGCUAAAAAGAAAUUCAAGCACAAUCUGUUUGAUGUGUGGGGCAUUGAUUUCAUGGGAUCAUUCCCAUCUUCUGAAGGAAAAUUAUAUAUAUUGCUUGAUGUGGAUUAUGUGUCAAAAUGGGUGGAAGCAAUAGCGACAACAAGGAAUGACUCCAAGACCGUGCUCAAGUUUCUGCACAAGUACAUUUUCACUCGGUUUGGAGUACCCCGAGCUAUUAUAAGUGAUGAGGGAACCCAUUUUGAUAACAAAUUGAUUGCCAAGGAACUGAAGAAAUAUGGAGUUCGACACAAGAUUGCCACGGUAUAUCAUCCGCAAACAAAUGGCCAAGUAGAAAUUUCCAAUCGCGAGAUCAAGCAGAUUUUGGAGAAAGUGGUGAACCCAAGGCAUAAGGAUUGGUUGCCAAAGUUGGAUGAAGCACUUUGGGCACACAGAACAACAUUCAAGACUCCUUUGGGGAUGUCACCCUUCAAGCUAGUAUAUGGGAAAGCUUGUCAUCACCCGGUUGAACUUGAACAUAAGAGAUUACUAGAACUUAAUGAAAUGGAAGAGUUUAGAGCACAAGCAUAUGAGAAUGCUCGGAUAUACAAGGAGAAAACCAAGAAGUGGCAUGACCAGGAUGUAGUGGAUGGGCAUGCCGCGUUCAAAAAUGAAGUUGAUAGCUACACUUAUGAUGACAUUCUUGAGGAUUUAUGCUUUGCAAACACUGAGUGGAAUGGGCGUCAAACAAGUAGAUACUCGGUCAACAGAGAGCGUCUUCAGCCGCAUGCUAAAUUAUGGAAUCACUUCCUUAAGAACAAACUCAUGCCCACUUCUCACAAUAUAACGAAAAAGGUUAAGGAAAAUGCAUUUGAUGAAAUUUUACAUGGAUUAUCGGGCAUUAAUAGGGUUAGACUUCCACUGCUAUUGGGAAUUGAAAGUCCCAAGUCUAAAGACUCUGUUCAUGAGAAAGCUGCAGGUACUACACAAUUCGAUGUCGAGGCAAGAUUGCUUGCUCUCGAGGAAGAAGCAUCUCCAGAGCCCGAACAAGGUGAAGACGAUCCUCCAGUUGAUGACCCAACACCUAAUCCUCACCGAUCUGACACUCCUGAAUAUCCGCCCACUGUCUUUGUAGAAGAAACACCUAGUCCUGUCCUUGCACCCGAUCCUUCGCCUGCACCCUGUAGUUGUCGACGCACCAAGACCACGGCUGGAUGUAAGAAGAUUGCGCAUCACUACUCUUCUUCUUCCAAGUCCAACCCAGUACCCCUUCGAAAGCGCACUAGGCGAGGAGCUGCUAGCACCUUCAAGGCCAUGCCACCACGCAAUCACUGA